AUGAUGCCAAAUUUAAAUUCAUUAGAAUUAAAAACAAUGGAUAUUUAUUUAACUGGUCAUAAAUGGAAAAAGAUUCUUAUGAAAUAUUUAUUGCAUUUAAAAAUAUUUCGCUUACGAAUGUAUUUUGAAUUUUCGCAUCGCAGAAAUGUUCAUGAGCAAUUCAAUAAAUUAAUUGAUUCGUAUCGAAAUUCAUUUUGGAUUCAAGAGCAUCAAUGGUUUAUUCAAUGGGAUUGUAUUUCCUUUGGAGAAUAUCAUCAUGGAAUUCUGUAUACACUACCAUAUAGAUUUGAUACUUUCGUUUGCUACGAUACAUUAGAAUCGAAGUAUACUUGUCCUAAUGAAAGUAUAUAUUGGUUAAAUAAACGAGUCAAUCAUUUACAAUAUAUGGUACCUAAAACAGAUACCGUCGCUGAUUCAAAUUCGUUACCAAUUCAAUUUCCGAACAUUCAACAUUUAAAAACGACUUUUCCUUUUGGUGAUAAAUUUUGGUCAUAUAUGCCCUCAUUAAAUCGAUUGGCGAUACUUGACAUCAUAUUAGAUGAACAUUAUACGGUUGAUCAAUUGCAACAAUUACUUAACUUAUCACCUUGUCUUUAUUCAUUGAGACUUUUCUAUUCAGUUGAUUUGAAAAGAUUACUAGAACGAAUUACUAGUUCAUCGAUUCGUCGUCUUAAUUUAGUAACUAAAUGUUCAUCUGAUCUAUCAUAUUUUAAUAGUAUUGAGUGUGCUACUUUAGCUGAUUCACAACUUGGAAAUCAAUGCGAAGUUCUUUUAGUUGAAAUUGAAAAUCGAAUAAAUGUUCUAAGUCUUCUUACAUCUAUGAAUAAACUUCGAUCAUUAAUAGUUCAAUGUAAAGAUGAUACAUGA